CGCUUUUUUUCAGACGCGCCAAUCGAGGGAAAGUUUGUGCAGAAAAUGGAAAAGAUUACUCUACUGGAGUUUAGAAAGAAACUGAAAAAAUAUGCCGACCAGAAUGCAGCAUACGACGAGCAAAACGCCGAUCUGAUUCAUCGGCUGGAAACUAUUCUCAACCAGCGAGACGCCUGCCUGAAACAGCUAGCCAAAGAAAGUGAAUGCGCAAGGAAGCUAAAGGACGACAUACAUGAUCUAAAGUACGAAAAGCAGGACGCCCUGGAGCUACUGAGCAGCGUUCAGAAAAAGUGUGACCGACUUGCGGAAGCGGCCCUUACGGACUCUGACGAACCAACUGCGACUCCAGCCAUCGACGAUGACGACGAAAGCGAAACUGUGCAGCAGAAAGAGCAAUUGUUCCACCAACUGCUGCGAAAGUACGGCAACCUGUAUCUGCAAUUCGACGCCGCUUCGAAUGGAGUUCGGGUACUGUCGGUGGACAGCACAAAACACUUUGAUUUCUGCCUCGAUUUAACAGCCAACAGUGCUACUGAACGAGAACUAGCUUGGGCAAAUCUGGGCAGUACAAGCUCCUACCUUGCUUCAUGGGAAAAUCUUUUACAAAAUAAUGUUUAAACAACUUAACUUUGAAUAAAUGAC